CUGUCAUCAUUCCCACAGUGAUAAAAAAGAUCAUGUUUCCCUCGGAGUAGAGAGCAACCCUGCAUGGCAAUGUGAUAGUGCAAAAUCCAGAAUGGAUGUCCUCUUUAUAGCCCUCCUUGUUGCACCACUCAUCCUGGGACAGGAAUACGAGGAUGAAGAACAGCUGGAGGAGGGUGAUUACUAUCAAGUGGCAUAUUAUUAUUACACAAUGACCCCUAAUUAUGAUGACUUUAGUGUAAACUUCACUGUUGAUUACUCCAUGUUUGAGUCAGAAGAUAAGUUGAACAGGUUGAAUAAGGAGGUAACAACAACAGAAGCAGUAGAGACUACAGCCUCUUCAUACAGUCUUCAUACAGAACCUGUGGACCAUCAGAAUCCUGUAACCACAAAACCAGUGACCACAGAACCACAGAGUCCAGAUCAGAAUGAUGCCAUGUCCACGCUGCAGAGUCCUGUGUCCUGCCUUCUGUUAUGGACCCUCCUUCAAGGAGGGGUACAUUUUAUGUAGAAGGUGAAAGAAGGCCCCUAUCACUCUUCGGACUAGAAUUCUUUGGCAAGAAUUUGGAUGAAAAAUUAAAAAAAAAAAAAUGGGGCUGGAGAGAUGGCUAAGAACAUUGACUGC